GUCAGACACUUACUCAAGUUUUAACCAAUCCAGCCAACAAUACGUCACUCCAUUCACCGAUGGUUUGAUGGUACUCGCGAAGGUAUUUGAACAUAAGAUCAGUUAUAUGUACAUGUCUAUAUACAUGGCGAAUGAAUACUUUAAAAUGGGGUCUGAUCAAGUGCCAGGUUUAUUUUGUUCCGUUCAUCAAGAAAGUCACCUAUUAUGGGUCCUACUCCUGUGCCAUUCUUUCAAAUCCUCAAUUCUCAAUAUUUUCAACUCCCUGGUAUCAAACCCCCAUGGCAGGGCCUUCCAAAACUACAAUUCCCAAUAAAAUUCCAUGGCCCACUCCAGGGACCCCAUUGAUCUUGCACGAGACUCGUGAAGGCAAUCAAGCAAUGAUUAGUUCGUGCUGCUUGCAGAAGGUUACUGAAUCGGCCUUCGGUGCAGCAAUCAAGGGUGGUGCCAAGGUCAUAAUUUCUGCCCCUAGUAAGGAUGCUCCCAUGUUUGUUGUUGGUGUUAACGAGAAGGAAUACAAGCCAGAGUUUGAUAUCGUCUCCAAUGCUAGCUGCACUACCAACUGCCUUGCACCACUUGCAAAGGUUAUUAAUGACAGGUUUGGCAUUAUUGAGGGUUUGAUGACCACUGUUCAAUCUAUCACUGCUAGCCAGAAGACUGUUGAUGGGCCAUCAGCCAAAGACCGGAGAGGUGGAAGAGCUGCCUCAUUUAACAUCAUUCCUAUCAGCACUGGAGCUACUAAGGCUGUUGGCAAAGUGCUUCCUGCUCUGAAUGGAAAGUUGACUGGAAUGGCAUUCUGUGUCCCAACUGUAGAUGUCUCAGCUGUUGACCUUACAGUGAGGCUCGAGAAGGCUGCCACCUAUGAUCAAAUCAAAGCUGCUAUCAAGGAGGAGUCCGAGGGCAACUUGAAAGGAAUCCUUGGUUACACCGAGGAUGAUGUUGUCUCCACUGACUUUAUCGGUGAUACCAGGUCAAGCAUCUUUGAUGCCAAGGCAGGAAUUGCCUUGAACGACAAUUUUGAUAAGCUUGUCUCUUGGUAUGACGAGUUGGGUUACAUGUAAUCUUCAGUCUCUGACCUUUCAUAUGAUUGAUGUUUGUUAUCGCUCAUUAUCGCAACAUCUUCAUCGCUUGUAAACUGCGUUGAUUAGCUUAUCUUGAUGUACAAACCUUACUAAAACAAAGUAAGAUGCUGAAUUCCUGCUAAAGAAGUAUGUUUGGAGUUGUGAAUCCACGUGUUCCCUAUUCAAGAAUCUCUACAAUUAAGGUUUCCCCGUCUAGCAGUUUGAUUGAAGUUGAACGGAAUAUUAUUUUUGUGAAAACAAUUUAUGCCAUUCAGAUCAUAUGUCGAUUUUAAUAUGAAAGUUGACUAGUUGAGUAUAAUGAGUCUUUGUUGGGGGGAAAAAGAUGUGUUAUUAUGUGUAUACAUUUGUAUUAUUAAACUAUAUAUAGAGUGCUUUUAAAUCAAAUUAGCGUUUCUACUGGAGUUUAUUUUU